CUUCACGGCAGUCUUAAGGUGGACGGUUGCUCAGCAAGAAUCAGCCGCUUACUUCUGCCGGUCCUUUCCAUAUAGUCUUCCCUUUCGAUACAAUAAUCAAAGCUCCGUUUAAUUCGGCCCAUAAUAUCCGAUAAAAAAACAUCGUCAUAUUUCACAAGCGCAAUUUUACACCGAAACCGGGUGAAAAAAAGAUAUCGAAAUAGCCGAUUUUUCUUCCAAUACACUCGAUCUCGUACGUCCACCAUCCCCCGUUCGCGAUCAUCCCUUCGAACGUGGGUACCAAAGAUCGGACGAUCGCCGAACAGUUUAUCGUUCCAAGUUGAUUGAUUGAAAAACAAUCGAAAUCGUCACGCGGAAGCGGAGAAGAGGGUAAUAAAUCGGUGAUUGUGUGCGCGCGGGGGUUGAAAGAAGUUUUAGUAGUGAUCGCCGGUAACCGGCUGCUUCUGCUGUUGCUGCUGUUGCUGUUUCUGUUGCUGCAGCCCCAGACGAUUUCAUCGAAGUGGUGGGGAUCGUCUUACCGAUUUUUCGUGGUGGGGGUAAACUAAGACUCAAAGAUCCGGGUGACACAGUUUUGCGGGCAGCUGAUCUGUGCGACAAGUUUGGCAAUUUUUUUUCCCCACCGGUACCUAUUUCUUCGCCUUUUUUGCCAACGAUUUUUCCGGCGAUACCGAUCCAUCGAUAGCGGCGCAUCAUUUCGAACGAACGAUGUUUCCUAUUUUGUAACGAGAGGGACGAAAUAAGAGCUCAUACAGUGCGGCGUUGCUUGUAACUUCGUCGUCAUCUACGACACGUUUCGCCGUCGUAAGACUGUAAAUAAAAAAUCGCCAUCGCAAUCGCAUUCGAUUCGGGUGAUCGGUCCGUUAAAAUGAGGAAAAAGUAAUCGCCUCAAAGCCCUGCAGAAUUGAAGUAAGAACUCGGAUAUCGUGAGCAUCAAAAUAAUUCGAAUAAAAAUAUCCCCGUAAAACCGAUCUCCCACCGAUCGAAGAUGACAUCGAAUGAUGAACUUUUUUGCGCAUUGCUGUCGCUGCAGUUGCGAGAGAUUGAAAAUUAAAUUUUUCCAAUAACAAUAAUCCCACGAACAACCAGUGACAUUCAUGAAGUAAAAAUAAUAAAGAAUCAUCGUUAAUUCCAAUAAUAAGAUUACAAAAAAUUAACGAAUCAAGACACGUGUAAUAAAUAUCGUUGACGAAAAUUUUGAGCCUCGGAGAAGAUCAACGGGACUAAGAGAAAAAAAGAAAAGAGAAGAACAAAUCUCAUUCGGGAAUGGAGAUGCGUACUUUUCUCGUGGCGAUUUGCCUUUUACUGGUCACUCCGAUCACCGGAUCACUUUGGGUCGCCGGAAGCCAGGUUGUGAUGGAUCCUAUGUUGGUCUGUAAAAAAACUCGACGAUUGAAGGGAAAACUUGCGGAUAUCUGCCGUAAGGAACCGGCGUUGCUGAAGGAAAUCGUAAAGGGUGUUCAAGUCGGCACAAAGGAGUGUCAACAUCAGUUCAGAAAUCGUCGUUGGAAUUGUACAACCGUCAGAAGAUCGCUGAGAAAAAUUUUACUGAGAGACACGAGAGAGACGGGUUUUAUAAACGCCAUAACAGCAGCCGGGAUAACUCACGCGGUUACUAGAGCAUGUACCAUGGGUAAUUUGGUCGAAUGUUCCUGCGACAAAACCGUUAACAAAGGUGGUAGAAAUCGUGCGAGAAAAUCGAACGCAGCUGGAAGAUCGUCGUCGUCGUCGUCGUCGUCGUCGUCGUCGUCUUCGUCGGCGGUAGCGGGAGCGGACAGAAGUAUGAAAGGUCCUUUGGCGGAGGGCGAAUGGGAGUGGGGAGGAUGCGGAGACAACGUUAAUUUCGGUUUUAAAAAAUCGCGAGAUUUUAUGGACGCUCCUUACCGAAAACGUAGCGAUAUUAAAACUUUAGUGAAACUCCACAACAACGACGCCGGGCGUUUGGCGGUGAAGAACUACAUGCGUACGGAAUGCAAGUGUCACGGUUUGUCCGGCUCUUGUACGGUUCGUACGUGUUGGCGUAAAAUGCCUCCGUUUAGAGAGGUCGGUAACCGUCUUAAGGAUUCGUUCGACGGCGCUGCCAAAGUGAUACCAAGUAACGACGGACACAGUUUCAUAACGGAGGGUCCGACGAUCAAACCUCCCGGUCGUUUCGACCUAGUUUACAGCGAGGAUUCUCCCGACUUUUGUAAAUUGAAUCGGAAAACCGGAUCUCUGGGCACUCAGGGCAGACAAUGCAACGCCACGAGUCCCGGAGUCGAGGGUUGCGAACUUCUCUGUUGCGGUCGUGGCUACGACACUAAAGUUGUCAAGGAAAAGGUCAACUGUCACUGUAGGUUCAAAUGGUGCUGCGAAGUCACUUGUAGCACCUGCGUCGUCAAAAUGUCCGUGAACACCUGUCGUUGAAUAAUAAGAAAUUUUUAGUCGUCGCCACCUACAGAUAAAGCACCGUCGUUUUUUUUUUUUUUUUUUUUUU